AAGCAAAAUGCUGCGGGCUCCCCGAGGCUCGUGGCCUUCCCAUUGAUCAUAUCGAUAAUCUGGUAGCAACUUGCAUGGACAGUACGAAUUAAACCGCCAGUGAAAGAAGAUCACAGUAUGGUCCACCAAAAGCAACAUUGGUGGACAGCUCGUCUAUUCGUGAUAGUGUUACUACACACGAUUUGUUCCAGCUUUGCACAGGAUGAGCUACAGACAAAGGAUUACAACGAUAACGAGUGUGGAAAACGUUUAGCCCAACGGGAAGGGCUUGUGAAGGGCGGAUAUUCUACGCGUCCCGGUGACUGGCCGUGGCAUGUGGCGCUGUAUCAGCGUGGUAUCACAAGCGAUGGUUUCGAGUAUGCUUGUGGAGGUAGCAUCGUGCAUCGGUACCUGAUACUAAGCGCUGCUCACUGCGUCACAUUCGCUGCUAGUCGUCGGAAAAUACCGACCGAAAAUUUGCUGCUAAAGAUGGGUCGUUUCAACCUGUCGAACGAGAUAGAGGAACACGCCGAGGAGUUCAACGUGAUCGAAACGGUAGUGCACGUCGGUUUUCGGCCAACAACGUUCGAGAAUGAUAUAGCGAUCCUAAGGGUGCAAAUUCCAAUCAUUUUCAAUGAUUACAUUCAACCUGUUUGUCUGUGGAAGCGCGACGAUGGCUUCGAAUUACCGUAUGUUUACAACGAACAAGCGGGCACUGUCGUUGGUUGGGGACUGGCGGAGGAAAAUCGGCUUGGAGCGAUUCUCAAUGAAGCUCGCAUGCCGGUGGUCGACUCGUUGACGUGUUUGGCAAGCGAUCGUGCAUUUUUCGGUAGACUGCUGUCCUCGAAGGCGUACUGUGCAGGAUAUAAAAAUGGAACGGGCGUGUGCAAUGGUGACAGUGGUGGUGGAAUGUUUUUCCAGUUUCAAAACCGUUGGUACCUGAAGGGUGUAGUUUCAUUUAGCAACACAAUCGAUUCCUCUGGGCUGUGUAAUUUGAAGCAAUAUAUCGGAUUUACUGAUGCUGCACAGUAUAUUGAUUGGUUGUAUGAAAAUACACCUAACAGCGGAAUCGACGAUCCGAUACUGGGACAUCCCAAUAUUCGGCUUAUCAACCAAGGCAACUGUGGACGAAAUGAGCAUGUAUAUGAAUACGGUGAGGAGCGCAAACCCAUAUUUAAGCAAUAUCCUUGGAUGGUAGCGAUACGUCAUCCAUUCGUAGAUUCUGAGUAUGUUCCCUGUAACGGAGUGUUGCUCAACCGAAACUACGUGCUUACAACUACUUGUGUUGAUUUACAAGAUGAGAUCAGCGUAACACUCGGCGAUUACGACACGAGCAAAACGAAGGAUUGUGGUACAAUAGAUGGACAAGAACAAUGUGUUUCCUCAGUGCAAACUGUAUCGGUGGGUCAGCUAUUCCGCAAAGAUAACCUCGUUCUCGCACGUCUAACCAUACCAGCUGUUAUCGGACGACGAGAUCACAUUGAAGCAAUCUGUCUUCCGGUGACGCCACAACAGCGUGGGCGCUUGUACAAUCGCUACAUCAUGACGGGCUGGAAGGAGAGUGGAACUGACUCGCGAAUAUUGCAGCGCGCUUUGCUUGAAGCAAUCGAUUUGAAUAAGUGUCGGGCUGAGUUCCAGGGAGUCAGCUACGCUUCUGAAGCUUCUAAACAGAUGGAUAACAGAACAAUUUGUGCCCGAAACUUGGAUGAUCCUUCGCGAUCGCCAAGGUGCAACGAUUAUCAGCCAGGAUCGGCAAUACAGGCCAUUGAGAAGAAGUCUAAUCGAUAUUUACUUUACGGGUUACAGACAGGCAUUAGUUAUUGCUCCGUACCGGAACAGUACAUUGCUAUUAGCAAGUAUCUGCAGUGGAUUUUAGAUAACAUUCGUGGGUAAACACGUCAUUACAUCAAAGUUUUAGAACUGAA